AUGUGGGCCAAAGGCGGGCACCCAUCAUACCCGGGCCCUCCUCACAUGGUCUACAACGUUCCACACCCGAUGUAUGGCUAUGGCAAAGGUGCCCCCUUCUGGACUCCGCCCCCUAUGCCUGCGAUGGCCCAUCACAAGGACGAGCAGCCUGCGACCACUGAAAACCACCCUCCUGCGCCGAAUGUGAAUGAGGAGGCAGGAGAAGUUGGAAAGUACAAGGACAGAACGAGGACACUGGCGGAGUGGUACAGCAAGCCGGACCACGAUGGGAAUUUUUUCAUCGGAGACGGAGAGGAUGAUGAUCAUCAUCGGACCACUGUCGAUCUCAGCGUGGCAGUCCGAGGAAUCUGCAUGGAGUACUUUGAGCACCACGUUUCUCCUUUGAUCCGAUCUUUGCAAACUGCCGCUGAGCACCAGCAGCACAAAUUGCAGGAACUUCAAUCGCUAGUUGGGCAGGACCUGCGUGAAACUGUGGCUGUCGAGGUUGCCCGACGCAACGAGCAGAACCAAGUGAGCACCUUGGUGAGAUUGCAGGAGAUUUCCACAGCUUUGCAGAAGAAGGCAGACGUGACCAGUGUGCCAAGCAUCUCCCAGUGGAAGGCUUUGAAUGCUAAGAUUGAUAAGGGAGCGAAUGGCAGCACUACAACAUCUGCAGCCUCCAACAUUGAGGAAUCCCUGAACCAACUCAAUGCCUUGGAGACCAGGCUGUCAUCAGCAACGACAAAGGCUGAUAGCAACCAUCAGUCAUUACAGGAGAAGGUGGAGGCACUUCAGAAAGAGCUGCAGCAAAUUGCAAGGCCUGAUGAAGGUGCAAAACAGUUGAAGCCAGACAAGGCUCUGGAUCCCAGCUUCGGGGCGGAACUACACAAGGUGAAGGCUUUGGUGGCAGCUGCGGGUGCCAACUUCAACAAGCAAAUCAAGGAGAUCCGACAACAGGUGAAAAGUCUUCGAGAGGAAGCAGUCCCAGUGAGUCUUGGAUCCCAAAACUUGGAGGAACGCUGGCCUGGGCGGGGCGUCUCGAACGGUCCCCCUUCGGAAGCGGGCUCCGAGCAGUGUUCAGAUGUGGGCUCAGUGACUGCCUCACUGGCAGGGUCGGUGGUUGCAGGAAUGGCUCCUGAGGAGAAAGCCGAGCUGCGGAAGAUGCAGGUGGUGGUGAGUGCUGCUGCAACGGCUUUUUCCAAAGACAUCAAAGAGGUGCGCAAACACCUCCGUGAGGUUCAAGAUGACCUUUCACGUCUGAAGGGCAUGGCAGGCCUUUAG